ACUUCCCUACCCUCUCCUAUGCACAACCAUCUCUCUCUCAUCCUGCCUUACUCAACACUGCACAUUUUUCUCCAUUUGCAUAUUUCCUCUAUUGCCCGUACCCCAACCCUUUUGAUCCCUCAGGAUCUUGAGUUAUGGAUCUCUAAUUUUGGAGAGGCAGGUUUCAUUGUCGUGACUCUGGGAUCAAUGGUCUCUUCAGUCUCUGUGGACCCUCUGCUUGUAGAGCUGGUGGCUGGCUUCUCCAGGAUCCCUCAGGGGGUGCUCUGGAGGUAUGACCACAAGCGAUGGCCAUCAAACCUGGACAGACCUCCCAAUCUCAGGCUAGUGGACUGGCUGCCUCUUAAUGACCUGCUGGGACACAAAAAAGCACGUCUCUUUAUCACCCAUGGUGGACAAAACAGCUUGUUCCAGGCAGUGUACCAUGCUGUUCCUGUGCUGGGAAUCCCCCUGUUUGGAGACCAGUUUGAUAAUGUUGUGAGGGCCGAAACAAAGGGACUUGGCCUCACCAUUAACCCCACACAAAUCACCAGGGAACUGCUCAGCUCCACCAUUCAAACACUUAUACAGGACAUCAGGUUUAAGUCUUCAGCUUUGUCCCUUAGCAGGAUCCACAAAUCCCAUCCUGUCCCUCCAGCCCUUCGACUCAUUCAGUGGGUGGAGCACAUCCUGCACAGUGAAGGUGGAAGUCAUUUAAGGCCCGCUUCUCUGACGCAACCAUGGUACCAGAGAUACCUGUUGGACUUGGUGCUUCUCCUCUCUCUGGGCCUUCUUGGACCUGUAGUCCUCUGCUGGACUUUCUGUAGGAACAAGAAUAGCAGGGACAAACACAAAAAAAUACAAUAGCAGUACUAAGUGUUUCCUCAAGGGUACUUCAGACUUAUACCUCAGUUCUGUGUUGCUUGUUUAUCUUGGACUUGAAUGAUGUACCCGUAUGAGAAAAUAUAAUGAUGUACCCAGAAUAUUCAGUUUGAUUAUCAAAAGGGAAGCUGUAAAGUACUGCAAAGUGGUUUCAAUAUUAGUGUGCAAAGAAAUGGAUUUAAAAAAAGAAAAUGCUAUUAAUACUGUUGCAUAAUUUUGUUUUCAUUUUGUAUACUGAAAAGAGUUUCAUUUUCGUUAUUACCACUUUCCCUUCAGUGAAAUAGCCAUAAUGCUUAGUGUCCUGCCCUCUCCCCUCCCAGCGCCGUCAUGUCUACAGACGACUCAUUUGGACUGCAGCGCCACAUUGUCCAACACCUCUGUGCUGCUUUGACCUGGCUGUGUUGCAAGCAGGGGUGGCAACAGUACGCAUGCAAACACACACAUACACUAUAACUAAGCAAUGCUUUUGUGCUUUUGUAUUGCAUGUUUCCAAAUUGCAGCAAGCCAUGUUAGAGGAAGAUGGUUUGUGUUGUUUGUUUGUCCAGUUCAGGUACAAAGUAGACAAAGUAUGUUGAUAGUCAUUGAAUAUAUCUGAAUCAUAAAAAGAAAAAAUGC